GCGGGUGACUCAGCCGCGAAGCUUUUCCUUAUAUAACGCGGCGUCGCGGCCGCGCCGGGCGAGCGCCCGAGCCCUCCCUGCCUCAGUUUCCCCUCGCCGAGCCGCCCCUGCCUCAGUUUCCCUGCCGCAGCCAUGUGGAUGGUGUCCCCGCCGGUCGAUGAAGGAUCUCCCCAGCUUUGGGACCGCGGCACAGGUGUUUUCCAGCCCCCGCAGAAGCUGUUCCUGAGCGCGGGCCGGGGCCGGGCGCUGGAGUUCAUCCGGAAGAAUGCGGCCAACGGGCUCUCGGUGGCCAACCUGGUAGCCGGUUUGUCCUCCGUCCUCUGCAGCCUCAACAGGCAAUACCAGUACUCGUGCUGGUUGCUGCUGGUGGGGUUCCUGCUGGAUCUGGCCGACGGAGCCGUGGCCCGGCAGCUCGACGCCUGCUCGGCGCUGGGUGCGAAACUAGACGAUUUUGCCGAUUUUACCACUUUCGGCUUGGCCACCGCGCUGCUGCUGCAGCCGCGCGGCGUCCUGGACGGGCUGCUGGCCGUCGCCUACGCGCUGGCCGUGUUCGCGCGCCUCUGCUUCUUCUCCAGCGGGAUCCCCUUCACCUACCGCGGGCUGCCCUGUCCCUACGCGUCCUCGCUGCUGGCGGGGACCUUCCUGCUGACGGGGGGGGACGUCACCGUGCUGCGCGUCACCGCCGCCGUCAUGGGCGUCUUCAUGCUGGACCGCGGCUCCUACCCCCACGACAAGGUGCUGGAGUCGCAGCUCUGGAAAAAAGUGGUUUACGCUGGAGGGGUGGUGACCGUGCUCUUCUCGCCGGCGGCGGUGGCUUCGGUUUACUGCGUCGCGUGGUCGACGUCCUACAUCGUCUUCCCCUUCGCCGUCUGGAGCUGCAAAUCCCCCUCCUCGCCGUCACCUAACGCCCAAUAAAGCCUUCAUCUUCCUCCUC